GGGAGGCGGAAGCAGGAGCGCGGGGCGGGGCGGGGCGCUUCUCACGUCUCUCGCGAGAGCUGCCGCAUAAAGCAUUCUGGAACAUGUAGUUUGUCUCUGGAGUGGCUGAGGCUCCGGGAAGGUGUGAGAAAAGGCGAUGCCCUUUGGUCCGCGGGACUGAGACCAGAAAUUGCCAAUAGGCUGAGGUUUGCUUUCCUUGGGGAAAGGCUCCAGGUAUCCACGGAGUGGCCGGGCUUGGUUGGCCGACACAGACUACAUCUCCCGUCAGGCUAUGCGCACUAUAACUAGCCUUCUCAAGUGGAACCGGAGCAUUGUGGGAUUGGAUGAGUCUCAAGAUGGACAACCGGGAUGUUGCAGGGAAAGCUAACCGGUGGUUUGGGGUUGCACCUCCCAAGUCUGGAAAAAUGAACAUGAACAUACUUCACCAGGAAGAGCUCAUUGCUCAGAAGAAACGUGAAAUUGAAGCCAAAAUGGAGCAGAAAGCCAAGCAGAAUCAGGUGGUCAUCAGCCCUCAGCCCCCACAUCCUGGCGAAAUUGCGAACGCACACAACUCUUCUGUUUCCAACAAGUUUGCUAAUGAUGGCAGCUUCCUGCAGCAGUUUCUGAAGUUGCAGAAGGCACAAACUAGCACAGAUGCCCCACCCAGCAUGCCCAGUGCCCCUACUCGAGUACUCCCCCGCACCGGCAAGAGGCCUCCUCUCAUCAGCAGCCCACCAGGCCAGGUGAAGAACUACGUGCAUGCCAAGCAGCUACCUGUGGCCAGCCGCCCAAGCGUCUUCCAGUCUCCUGAUGAGGAUGAGGAGGAAGACUACGAGCAGUGGCUAGAGAUCAAAGUUUCACCCCCAGAGGGAGCCGAGACUCGGAAAGUGAUAGAGAAAUUGGCCCGCUUUGUGGCAGAAGGAGGCCCCGAGUUAGAAAAAGUAGCUAUGGAGAACUACAAGGAUAACCCGGCGUUUUCGUUUUUGCAUGAUAAGAAUAGCAGGGAAUUCCUCUACUACAGAAAGAAGGUGGCUGAGAUAAGAAAGGAAGCGCAGAAGUUGCAGGCAGCCUUUCAGAAAGUUUCACCCCCAGAGGAUGAAGAGGCCAAGAACCUUGCAGAAAAGUUGGCCAGGUUCAUAGCAGACGGGGGUCCAGAAGUGGAAACCAUCGCUCUCCAGAACAACCGCGAGAACCAGGCAUUCAGCUUUCUAUACGAACCCAACAGCCAAGGGUACAAAUACUACCGCCAGAAGCUGGAGGAGUUCCGGAAAGCUAAGGCUGGCCCCACAGGCACUCUCAUGGCACCCGACCUCAGCCUGAAACGCAAAUCCCCUCCUGAGACCCCAUCAGGGUCCUUACCCCCAGCUGCUGCCUGCCCUGCCUCAUCUGCCCCCUCGCCUGCAGUCACCCCAGCUCCAACCAUCCCUGGGAAGCCGGCCACCACAGCCACUGUGAAAAAGAAGCGAAAGAGCCGGUGGGGGCCUGAAGAGGACAAAGUGGAACUCCCGCCCGCCGAGCUGGUACAGAGGGAUGUAGACGCCUCUCCCUCACCUCUGUCAGUUCAGGACCUCAAGGGGCUUGGCUAUGAGAAAGGGAAGCCUGUAGGUCUGGUGGGUGUCACAGAGCUGUCAGAUGCCCAGAAGAAGCAGCUAAAGGAGCAACAGGAGAUGCAGCAGAUGUAUGACAUGAUCAUGCAGCACAAGCGUGCGAUGCAGGAUAUGCAGCUGUUGUGGGAGAAGGCGCUGCAGCAGCACCAGCAUGGCUACGACAGCGACGAGGAGGUAGACAGCGAGCUGGGCACCUGGGAACACCAGCUGCGGCGCAUGGAGAUGGACAAGACUCGGGAAUGGGCCGAGCAGCUGACAAAGAUGGGCCGUGGCAAGCACUUUAUUGGAGACUUCCUGCCACCAGAUGAGCUGGAGAAGUUCAUGGAAACCUUCAAGGCCCUGAAGGAGGGCCGAGAGCCUGACUACUCCGAGUACAAGGAGUUCAAACUGACGGUGGAGAACAUUGGCUAUCAGAUGCUGAUGAAAAUGGGCUGGAAGGAGGGCGACGGGCUGGGUUCAGAGGGCCAGGGCAUCAAGAACCCGGUCAACAAAGGCACCACCACAGUAGAUGGAGCCGGCUUUGGCAUCGACCGGCCAGCAGAGCUCUCCAAGGAGGAUGACGAGUAUGAGGCCUUUCGCAAGAGGAUGAUGCUGGCCUACCGCUUCCGACCUAACCCCCUGAACAACCCCAGACGGCCUUACUACUGAGUAUUCCAGAAAAACACACGAACGUAUUUUCCAAACGACCGACCGUCCCUGGACUGUGGAAUGUUCCGGCCUGCAUUUCUGCCUGCCCUUCCCGUCGUCUCGAGUGUCGUGCCGUGUAUUAAAAGUUCCAGCGCUUGCCCACCAUGGCAGCCUGGUUUUGCCAUCACCAGAA